GCGACUUGGCGUUGGCGGACAGGGCUUCACAGAUUGCCUCGUCGUUGACACCCAUCAACUCCUGAACACCGACAGCAUACAAGAUGGAGCAGCUCCCCAGCGCAGAUGAGCUCAAGGCCCGCAUGGACUCGCGCAACGAGCAGAUGCGCCAGCAAUGGAUCAAGACAUACGAGGCCCGCCUGGUAGCCGCUGAGAUCUCAAAGUGUCAAAAAGCAGAGGGCGUCAACCAUUACGCCGUCUGCAGGCCACUUGUUGACACCUACCUGGAGCUGUUGAAGGACGCCAAGGUCAAGGGAUACAGAAUCGUUGACGAGGAGUAGGCGACGGUGCUACGACAGACUGUGAAGCCCAAGCCGCAAUACAAACUGAUAUCACGACACGACACGACACGACACGAUACCACUCAAUGCGUAGAAGCAAAAUGCUGACAUUAAGAGGGCAUGAUAGAGAAGCAAUUCCAGAAG